GCCCAUAGUUUUUCUAGGUCACGCUGGGUGGAAUCGGCAGCUGGCUUCUUUAGUCGCCUCCUAGGCUCCUCGAUAGUCCCACACCCAGUUGCGAGGCGCCUCUGUACCGACCUAGACCGCCGUACACCCGCCAUGGUGCCGCCGCCUAUCGGCCGUGCGAUUCAGCAGGCGCAGGGCAUCGCGCGCGCGGCGGCGCAGUUCGCGCAGGAGCUCGUCUUCGAGCUGCGCACCGAGUCGCAGGAGGCGCUCCGCACGGGCCUCGGCAUUCCCAGGGCCGUCACCAGCGUCGCCAGCUUCGGAUGCUUCGCAGUGGCAGCAGCGGGCACAGCGGCAAUCACCACUGAUUUCGUGGCACGGUUGUACGGCUCAAGGGAAUGUGAGGGGUGCAACGGGUGGGAAGGAGUGGCAUGCACAACAUGCCGAGGAACAGGACACACUAGAAGACAAGCCCUGCCAUCCAGCAAGUCCUCCGGGCAAUCUCUCCUGGUGGCCUCUCCCCAUCCCGCCAUCUCUUCUUCCUCCUCCUCCUCCGCCUCUGCCUCGCUCUGCCCCACGUGCCACGGGUCGGGAGUGAUGUGCUGCUCUGUGUGCAAGGGGGAUGCAUGGAAGCACAAGAUUACUUUUGACAGGGUUCUUGACUCGCCCCUAAAGGCCUGGGACGCCUACCGCAUGGCUAAACCUGUCAUGCCUUCCCCCGAGUCAAUGAAAGACCCCAACAGAGCCGCGUUUUGGCUGCUGCAGCGACCGGCGCUGGAGGAGGGGGUGGAGAUGAGCGAGAGGGAGAAGGAGAGCGCGUGGUGGGAGCACGAGUGGCAGCAGCGGUACGAGGGCACUCGAGACAUUGUGCUGCAGAAGCAGCCAGGAUGGCAGCAGGCGCAGCAGGCUUUGAUUGCCAUGGACCCUUCUGCGGCUCUCAACGACCCUCAGCUCGAUGCCGCCAUCCGAACCAAGCCUCCCAAGCCUCUCAAGGCUCGGCGGCUGCCGAAGCUGGAGGGGGACGCAGAGGCUCGGGUUGCCACAGCUCUGGAGGAGGCUCGGGGGAAGGUGGAGAAGAUGGUGCCUCCCCCCAGACCGAAAGAUUUUGGGUCCUUCCAGCUGGGCUGGGUGCAGGAGCCUGAUCUCUCCAAGGUUAAGGGGGAGGGGGAGAAGCAGCAGUGGCAGGCGAUGCUGCAGCAGCAGCGGGAAGUGGAGGAGAGAAUGCUGGACGCUGCCUGGAAGGAAUCUUGGCAGAACGACAAGAUAGAGGAGAGCCUGAGAAAGGCAGUAUCGCGGAUGAAGGCAGCAGACGAGGCAGCUAAGAGAGCAAAGGCUGCAGAGGCUGCUGCUGCUGCAGGAGGGGGCGCAGCAGCACCAGGAACAGGGGGGCCAGGGGGGAAAGCUGGUGCAGCAAGCAGUGGAGGCAAGGCGGCAGGGAAGAAGAGCAGCGGAGGGGAGAAGGGCAAGGGCAAGCGCUAGUUGAAGGGCUCACGCCUGGGUUUUGCGUGCGAUGUUCGGCUCGGCUGACCCUGAGCUUGUGGGCGGCAGAGCCGUUGGUCCUCCUGCACCUUGGACCUGCACUUGCAGGAGCAAAGUGAGAUGGAUUUUUAGGGAAAGAGUACCUGUAGAAAUGGUGACAAGGGUGCGUGCUGUUGAGGUUUGUUGUGAGGUUUGUCUAUGCUACCAGUUGGAGGUUGUCUGCAGCGCCACACACUGACGGCUAAAAUUCUGUGCGCGUUUGUGCAUUGUUAUUGCAAAGUUGGCGCACCAACAUGAGUCCUGUACACUAAUGCUUCUGAUGUUUGCUACCAAUAGAUGAAAAACAGCUUAUGCGAAUGCUCAAAACU